CUGCAUCAUCCUGAAUGAGCGGCAGCAUCUGUGUUGCUCCGGAGGACGCCGUAAGCAGCCGGGAGUGGGGAAUACUGCCGGUAAUCCCUCCCUGCCUGCCUUUCCUUCUGCCGACCACGGGAACAUGAAGGCUGCCCGUGUCCCCAUGCGGCUGCCGCUGCUGUGGGCCCUGUGCCUGGCGACCCUGGCUGGAGCGCAACCCAAAGCGUCUCGGAGGUGUUCCGUAGAGUGCAGAAAUUUCACAAAGGAGUUAGCGGAGAAGCAGAUCAGGAGGUACCGCUUGACUGAACCCAGCUGCAAAAAACAAGCCAUCAUAUUUAUUACUCUGAAGGACAAGGAGAUUUGUGCAGAUUCAAAGGAAGGCUGGGUGCAGAAGCUCAAAGACAAACUGGAUGGGAAAAACGCCACAGUGAUGCCACCACAUGAUGUUGCCUCAGCAGAAGAGCCUGGUAGUCUUGAGAGACAAGUUGGUCUUCCAAAAGUGGCUCCACCUCAAGCCACUGCUCCACCUGGUUUCUUCCAAGGGGGUGGAACAACCCUUAGGGAGAGAAUACAUGUUCCUGCUGCCAGCACAGAGGUGUCCAGCAAGUCCCCACUGGGCAGGCAGGACCCCACCCAGCUCCCUGCAGGAUCCACCCCCGUGGCACAGGAAGAGGCUGUGCACUCUGAGGUUGCUCCCGAAGCAAAGAGAGUGUCCUCAAAUUCUCCUGCAUCUUCAUCAGCUGUUGCAGCAGGUGUGGGCUCCAGCCAGCCCACCCCACACCCCACUGUUCAAGGCACAGCUUCUCCUAACUCAAAUUCAGACCUGAGGGAUGCUGCUAGAGGAUCAAACCAACCUGUACUUCCUACAAAUGGAUCCCUGGACCCUACAAGUGCCAGAGCCAACACACCAGACACUGCUUCCAGCAGCUCGAGGUCAGAUCUCCCCUCCAUGUGGGACAGCAUGAAGACCACAACAAUCACAAAGACAGCACCACAGACUAUUUCAGUUUCUACUUUAAACUCCACCACUGCCACAGGCAAAGCUGCUUCUGUCCAUACCAACAGGGUUGUUGAUCCCUCUGCAGAUGUGUUUGGUACCACAACAUUUGAUCAUUCAUUGCCUGUAGGGAAGCAAGAGCCUUCAGACACAGUUUUCACUCACCGGGCAUUCUCAGGCCAAGCCAGAGUGCAGAUGAUCACAGUCAGGCCAAAAAAUCUCCCCCUGCCCAGCUUCAUGUCAAAGUCUCAAAUGCACUUUGUCAUCCCAGUUUCUGUGGUGUGUGGACUGAUGGUUAGCAGUGUUGCUCUUGUAUGGGUGUAUCUGAAAUUUGGAGUCAAACCAGAAGAAACGUCAAGAGAAAUGGUACAGGGCUUGCUCUACCAGCAGGGAGGACAUCAAGACAAUGCCUAUCCAAUGGAAGUAAUAUGAAUGCUUCAUGGCAUGGGCAUUUCUGGCCUCAGCUGUAUGUGUGUUGCUGCAGAAAAGCUCUUCAUGCUGAACUGAUGACCAGUAGGAAGAAAGCCUGGGAAUAAAAAUCACAGAGAAAACUGAUUUUUAAUUUUUUUUGUAGAGCUGAAUGCCCAACAAUAGAUCUACUUCAUCAUUGACCAAUCACAGUGUUUUGGAAAUAAGGGAGACACUUCUUUUCUACUGGCACUGUCAUGUACAAAGGCUGUGGCUGUUCUAUUGCUGUUGGUGGCUCUUUGCCAGGUGAUUUUCCAAGUCACUGUUGGGAAUUUUUCUGUGGUUCAUCAUGGCCCAGGCAAGAAGUCACUCACCCACCCACACUGCUGGACUUGGGCUCAGCCAGCUUGAGCAAUCUUAACACCAAACCCACACAAUUUGCACUUAAAUUCUCUGCUGCUUCUUUCUUUGCACUUCAGGUCUCUGCUCUGUCAGACCAGGACUGAAGCUGGUGGCCAGCUGGGUGCUGGCUCUCCUUGGGCUGAUAGAAUUUACCCUCAUCAUUUUCUUUUGCUGGAGACAUGAGGGAUGGCCCAGCUUUUCAGGAAUAAUUGACCAACACUGCGUCUGAUCAGGGGACUGAAGGUCAGUGCUACAGAUCUUAAAUUCAGAGAAGCUGGCAACCCACAGUCUAUCUCCUCCUUGAAAUCAGGCCCUUCCUUUUAGCAGCUAUGGGUAUUUCUUCUUGCAGAUGAAUUCUAAGAGCUGAUUCUUGGCAAAUCAAUGCAAUAAACCCCUUCUGCCAGCUGAUGCACCUUGUGUCCUGCUGCAUCCAGCAGCAGAGCAGGAUAAUGCUGAUGAAUCUUUGCAAAUGGAAGAAAACAAGAAGCCACCCAAUAAUUCUGCUAUUCCUGUGUUAGCAUUGGAACAUUUUUGCUAUUCUCUGCAAGCACAAAACCCAGGAAAUGUGGAACUAAAGGCAAUUCUGAAUGUAGUCAUGCAGGAAUUACUCUACCACAGCAGACAUAACAUCCUUUUGAUCCCUUUUUCUCUCUAGAAAUAAGCACAUUUGCUGAUCCACA